AGUCGAAGACUGAAAUAUGGCCACCUCAAAGAAGAAGACCAGGAAGCUCCGAGGACACGUGAGCCACGGUCAUGGACGUAUCGGUAAGCACCGUAAGCAUCCUGGAGGUCGCGGUAACGCCGGUGGGGAGCACCACCACAGAAUUAACAUGGACAAAUACCACCCCGGUUACUUCGGCAAGCUGGGUAUGAGGAAUUUCCACUUGAGGAAGAACAAGGAGUUCUGCCCCGUCCUGAACCUCGACAAGCUGUGGACCCUCGUCUCCGAGCAGUCCCGCCUGCGGUACGCCAACGCCACCGACGGCAAGGUGCCAGUCAUCAACAUUGUUAAGGCUGGUUACUACAAGCUGUUGGGAAAAGGCAAGCUCCCCAAGCAGCCCGUCAUUGUCAAAGCCAAGUUCUUCUCAAAAACAGCUGAGAAGAAGAUCAAGGACGUUGGCGGUGUGUGCGUGCUAUCCGCGUAAUUUAAGUUUACAAUAAAAAUCUAUAAAAUCUUA